AUGAUCAUGAAUUUCAUCAUCUCUGGGUUGGGGCUGGCCUUCCUGGCUCGCGUCGUUUACGUGCUCUACUCGGAAUGGAAUUACCCUCUACGCGACGUCCCCGGCCCAAUUGCCGCUCGCUUCACGCGAUUGUGGUAUUUCAAUAGCAUCUGGAAAGGCCAGGCACACCUGGAGAACAUCUUACUCCACCGCAAGCAUGCCAAACCUGGAGAGCACUAUGCUCCUGUUGUCCGCUUGGGACCGAAUCUGUACUCGAUCACCUCGCCCGAAAAGAGUGUGUAUGGUAUCUCUUCAAAGAUGCCCAAGAGCGAUUGGUAUGAUGGCUGGAGGCACCCCAGUCCGGACAGAUGGACCAUGUUCCCAGAUCGUGACAUGAAGCGACAUGCUGAGACGAGGAGAAAGUUCCAGUCCAUGUACUCACUGUCAAGUCUACUGCAUUAUGAGAAGUUUUCAGAUGACGUACAGGCCGUCUUUCAGAGGAGGCUGGACGAGAUGGCAAACACUGGAAUCACCGUCAACAUGCACCAUUGGCUUCAGUGCUACGCUUUCGAUGUCAUCGGCUGUAUCACGUAUGGCAGCCGGUUCGGGUUCCUCGAUGAAGGAAAGGAUAUCGCGAAUUGCAUGGCCUCACUGAACUCCAUGGCCUUAUACUCUACCUUGGCUGGUGUGUAUGCGUGGGCUCAUCCAUAUAUGUACAAAAUUGCAGAGAAGCUACCAGGUUCUGGAGCCGCUGGCCGCAAUUACAUCAUGAAGUUCGUUAGCAAACGCAUGGAAGAGCGUGAGGCACAACGCAAGUCGGUCGAGAACGGAGAGAAGCCUCUCGCCGCGGACUCUGAAGACAAGACUCGUGACUUUCUGGAUCUAGCCUUGGACGCGGAACAUGACCCAGAGAAGGGUAUGACUAGAUACAACGUUUUCAUGAUGGGUCUUUCGAACAUCAUUGCCGGCAGUGACACUACGUCAACGGCUCUUAGUGGGAUCCUAUGGCAUCUCACGUCGUAUCCGGAAUCACUGGCCAAGCUUAGGAAGGAGAUUGACCAAGCAAUUGAGGACGGGAAGAUGUCCAAGGACUACAUCUCUUUCAAAGAAAGCCAGAACCUGCCUUACCUACAAGCAUGCAUCAAGGAAGGCCUAAGAGUGUGUGGUGCAGCUGGCUUACCAAUGUGGCGAGUUGUACCGAAAGGCGGCGCUGAAAUCAUGGGAAGAUACUUCCCUGAGGGUAGUGAGAUCGGCAUUAACAUGUGGACCGCGCAUUACAACAAAGAUGUCUGGGGUCCGGAUGCUCUCAAGUUCAGGCCUGAUAGAUGGAUCGAAGCGGAGAAGGAUCCCGAACAUUUGAAGCUGCUGGAGAGCAAUUACAUGCCUUUCGGAAAUGGCAGCAGGACCUGCAUUGGGCGACAUAUCUCAUACCUUGAGAUCUCGAAAGUCGUGCCUAUGAUCGUUUCCAACUACGACUUUGAGCUGGCCAACCCGGCCAAUGAGCUGUUCACCUACAACUACUGGUUUGUGAAGCCAAUGCCUGAUGCGUUCAAGGUCGUUGUACGCAAAAGGGCGUGA